UGUUCCGGGUCAUGUACUAGAAACGUCGUGUGAACGGCGCGAUCCAAAAGAAACUUUCACGGGAAACUUAGCAGUUUGAGUGUUUUACGGUUCUCAAACUUGAUUGUUUUUGUUUUACUUUUAUAACGUAAGCCGCCUGACAAAGGAGAAAGGCAGAAUCGAAAGGAUUGGAGGAUGUCUCUUCCUAAACGGGAGAUGGAAGAGUUGAGGCCAUGGGUGGAGCGCACUGUGAAGAAGGUGCUGGGUUUCUCAGAGCCCACGGUGGUUACUGCGGCUUUGCAUUGUGUUGGAAAGGGACUGGACAAAAGAAAGACCAUAGACCAGUUGCGUCCCUUCCUUGAUGACUCUGCUGGAGGUUUUGUGGAACGUCUUUUUGAAGCUUUGGAGGAAAGCCGGAGUGCCCGUGGCAACAAAGGAGCAGGAGAAAAGAACCGCAAGAGAGACCUCAAGGAUGUGUUUGGUGAUGAGGCUGAAACAGGCGCAGUGCGAGAAACUCCAGAGAUAGGAGAUGUGACAGUUGCCAAGCGGAAACGGGUCCCUCGCUUUGAGGAGGUGGAAGAGCCUGAGGUCAUACCUGGACCUCCAUCUGAGAGCCCUGGCAUGCUCACCAAAAUGCAGAUAAAACAGAUGAUGGAAGCGGCCACAAAACAGAUAGAAGAGAGGAAGAAACAACUGAGCUUUGGAUCUUCAGCCCCUGCUGGACAACGGUUGCCUCUUCCCACACCACAGUCACAAAUGGAAAGCCCUCCAGUCUCACGGCUUCUUGGCACUUCUGCAGCUGCAGGUGGCGCCUCAUCUAUCGCCCCCUCCCAGGCUGCCAGCUUCAUGAAUGACGCUAUCGAGAAGGCCCGCAAGGCUGCUGAGUUACAGGCCCGCAUCCAAUCCCAGUUAGCAAUGAAACCUGGUAUCCUUGGAGCCCUGGGGAACACUGGGCCUCACAACCUUGUGGCACUAGCUAAUCUACAUGCAAUGGGAAUUGCCCCACCGAAAGUAGAAGCCAAGGAGGUGAACAAGCCAACGCCUCUUAUUCUGGAUGACAAGGGAAGAACUGUAGAUGCAAGUGGCAAAGAGGUUGAACUCACGCACCGCAUGCCCACACUGAAAGCUAACAUUCGAGCGGUAAAGAGGGAGCAGUUCCGUCAGCAGCUGAAGGAGAAACCUGGGGAGGACUUAGAGUCCACGUCCUACUUCGACCAGCGUGUGCCUAUUACGCCAGCUCAGCGCCCUCGCAGGAGCUUCAAAUUCCAUGACCAGGGGCGUUUUGAGAAGAUUGCUCAGAGAAUUAGAACUAAGGCGCAGUUGGAAAGGCUGCAGAGUGAGAUUGCCCAGGCAGCAAAGAAGACAGGAAUCCAGGCAUCCACCAAGCUGGCACUGAUUGCCCCCAAAAAAGAGAUUGGAGAAUGGGAGGUGCCCAACAUUGAGUGGUGGGACUCCUUCAUCCUGCCUUCCAACAUAGACAUAACACCUGACACAAAAUUUGAAGAGCUGGAACUCUUUGGUGUGACCAACCUGGUAGAACAUCCUGCCCAAAUCAGCCCUCCAGUUGACACAGAUAAGCCAGUAACGCUGGGUGUAUACCUGACAAAGAAAGAACAGAAGAAAUUGAGAAGACAGACCCGUAGGGAGGGACAAAAAGAAGUUCAAGAGAAGGUUCGUCUGGGACUGAUGCCUCCACCAGAGCCCAAAGUUCGCAUCUCCAACCUGAUGAGAGUGCUGGGGACGGAGGCGGUUCAGGACCCCACGAAGGUAGAGGCCCACGUCAGAGCACAGAUGGCCAAGAGACAGAAGGCUCAUGAGGAGGCAAAUGCAGCCCGUAAGCUCACAUCGGAGCAGAGGAAAGAGAAGAAGGUCAAGAAGUUAAAAGAAGACGUCACGAAUGGUGUUCAUAUUGCAGUGUACAGGAUCCGUAACCUGCAAAAUCCUGCUAAGAAGUUUAAAGUGGAGGCCAAUGCCAACCAGCUGUACCUGACGGGCACAGUAGUUUUGCACAGAGAUGUCAACCUUGUUGUGGUGGAGGGAGGCCCUAAAUCACAGAAAAAGUUCAAGAAGCUGAUGAUGCACAGAAUCAAAUGGGAGGAACACAACAGUAAAAGAGAUGAUCCAGAUGGUGAUGACGAUACAAAGAGGAACAACAAGUGCUAUUUGAUUUGGGAGGGCACAGCUAAAGACCGUAGUUUUGGCGACAUGAAGUUCAAGCAGUGCCCCACAGAGAGCAUGGCCAGAGAACACUUCAAGAAACACGGCACAGAACACUACUGGGAUCUAGCUCUUAGCCAGAGCGUGUUGGACGGCACAGAUGAUUGAAAGCUGCCUGGAGAGCAUGUAGUUUGAGUCAGCGGCCCCCUCUACAGACCCGCAGCCUCACAGCCAGGUGGCCCUCACUGCUGCCUUCAACUGGGGACAGACUUAAUCAAGAGACUUGAACAUAGAAAAGGAGGAACAAUAAAAACCUGUGUGGAUGUUUUUGCAAGAAUGUGUAACAGAUCAGGGUUGCUGUAGGACAGUAUAUGUGUGUAUGCCUGCAUCAGUGUUCAUCUCUUCGGUGGUAGGCUAUUCUGUCAGGUAUCGUGUUAUUUGUUAUUGAAUAAGAUCUGACAGAUUGCACUGUGUGAUGUAAAUCACUUAACCAAGGCUUUAUGUGAUGAGGAGAAAUGGUGUCAGAUUAUGUCAUUUUUGUGAUGAAACCCCUUUCCCACAUAUGACAAUAAUCCCUGUUUGAGUAAAGCAGUUAAUAAAAAAAUUUAAAAAAACACCCCAUCAGUGAAUAACUGCUAAACCAUUUAGGUAAACCUUGAAGAAUUCCGAGGUAAUGUUACAACAUUGUUAAACGUUAUUUUAGUCAAUACAGGUACAUUAAAGAUAAUUUCAGAACAUUUUUUUUUGUUUGAGAAACGAGAAAAUCUUUCAGUCACCUGUAGCUAUAUUUCUCUGUAACGUUACACCGCCUUAAAUAAACAACAUUUAACCGACUUCUGUCCAUUUUCCCGUCAGUUGGGAUCGUGUCCGCUGAUUAAACUACUUAAACUAUUA